AUGGCUGACCAGGACACUCACCCCAUAUACCCCGACCUGCGCGGCAAAGUCGCCCUGGUCACCGGCAUCGGACAAGACGGGCCUCCUGACGAGACCCAGAACUGGGGUAACGGUGCCGCGACUGCUCUGGCCCUGGCCCGUAACGGCGUCAAGGUUUUUGGGUGCGACGUCCGCCUCGCCGCCGCCCAGCUCACAAAGUCGCGCAUCGAGGCCAUUGUGCCGGACGCCAUCGUGGACGUUGUCAUCGCCGACGUCACCAAUGCCGAGGCUGUGGAUAAGUUCGUCCAGGAAUGCAUCCACAAACAUGGUCGUGUCGAUAUCCUCGUGAACAACGUCGGGCGCAGCGAGAAGGGCGGCCCGGCCGACAUGAGCGAGCAAGUCUGGGACGCCCAGGUCGAGAUCAACCUGAAAUCCGUCUACCUGACCUGCCACGCGGUGCUACCGAAGAUGGAGGCGCAGGGCUCAGGUGCGGUGAUCAACAUCAGCAGCAUCGCCAGCAUCCGCUACGUUGGGAAGCCGCAGGUCGCUUAUGCAGCGACCAAAUCCGCCGUCACGCAGUUCACUAAGCACAGCGCUGUCAUCUACGCGAAGAAGGGCGUCCGUCUCAACGCCGUCCUGCCGGGGCUCAUGUUCACCCCGCUCGUGCAGACCUUGGCCGACAAGUAUGCCGACGGCGACUACGAAGGCUUUGUCCAGACCCGGCACAACCAGGUGCCCACGGGGAAGAUGGGCGUGUCGUCCGACGUCGCGAACGCCGUCGUCUUUCUCUCGAGUAAUGUCGCUGCCCGCUACAUUACAGGCCAGAAGCUGGUGGUCGACGGGGGCAUUGUUUCGAGCACGGGAAGGACGUAG